CCGUGCGUGCCUGGAUCUUGCUUGUCGCUCACCCCUGCUUGCAGCCGCUUCUGGCAAAAGGAGGGGAGGGGGGGCGCUAGCUUUGCAGCUUCUGGGAUUGCAGAGCGACAGGCGCGCGUGCGAGGCGGCCCGGCGUGCAACGCCAGAGAGAGAGAGACGCGCGCGCACGGACGUCGGGAUCCAGCCCGUCUGCCGCUCAGUGUGCGUGCGUGCAUGUGAGUAAGUGAGCCAAGGGUUGGCGGCAACUCGGGCUUUGCACGGUCCCGCGCGCGCAGGGUGAACUUUCUUCGCUCUCCUUGUAAACGGCAAGAUCGGGUUUCUUGUUUGGAUUGGCGCGGCGCAGUUGUUGCUGCUUUUCCCAGAAAAAAUAAAAUAAAAUAAACCACUUUCAACCCUCUCCUGUCCCGGAGAGAACAGGAUCUGGCUAAGAGCUGGAAAGACAAAAUGGGCCUUUAAAGAGUUUGGCGCGACUUGCAGGGUGCGAGGCGAAGAGAGCCGUUGCAAGCUAAAUUACCUGGGAGUCCGCCGGAGGGACUUGGAUGUGAGGAUGGAAAAGAAAAACAUGGAUCAUUACCUACGCCGGUUGAAACAGGAGUUGGUAUCCAUGAAAGAGGUUGGCGACGGUCUGCACGAACAGAUGAACUGCAUGAUGGGUGCUCUGCAAGAGCUGAAACUUCUCCAGGUCCAGACAGCUUUGGAACAGCUGGAGAUUUCAAGCAACCCGAACCAGGUUUCAGGACUUGGCUGCCAUCAGUAUUGUCAAAACAACAAGGAGGUGCCAAGGACAAGGCGUGAAGCCAGCAGGCAGAGUGAGAAACUGAUGGGAAAUGGUUAUUUGGACGACUGCAGUUCUUCAGGCUUUUUGUGUUCUACUCAGGUGUCACAGUCUCCCAGCCCCCUUUACCACAUUACCUUACCGGACAGUAGCCAUGGGCACACAGCAUCAUCCCUUAACAGUGUUGGUAGUGAAGAGUACUACCAUGCCAGUGGACCUUCAUCAACUGGGAGCACAGCUGAGUACCAUUCCCCAAGGACAUUUAUGUCAUCCAGCGAGCUCAUGUCUAGGAGCUGGUUUUCCCAAGACACAAGCAGCUUGUCUGAGAGCAAAUCAGAUUGCAGGGAGUGCAGUUUCUCCGAUGAGACCAAUGACUGGACUUCCUCACUAAUGUCUCAAAGCAGGAAUCGACAGCCUCUUGUCUUGGGCGACAACAUCUUUGCUGAUUUAGUGGGCAACUGGUUGGAUUUGCCUGAGAUUGACAAAAAGGGAGAGCAGAAUGAGGCAUCCCUGCCAAGCAGCAAAUCCCAGGAGUUUUACAGAAAGUUUUCCCUCACAGCCAACAUCUUCAAGAAGUUCUUAAGGAGCGUCCGGCCGGACCGAGACAGGUUGCUCAAGGAGAAGCCUUGCUGGCUGCCAGCAGAAAAUUCAGAGGCCGAAAUCUUAAAGAGGCCCAAAAAAGUAAACAAACAGAAGGGGACCUUUUACUUCCCAGUCCAUGGGAAUAUACCAAACUCUCAUGACAAAGCAGAAAGGUGCCAAAAGAAGGAAACAGGCAAGGCCAAAGCCAAACACUCUGCUAAGAAGAUCCACAGCACAAUAGAGCAUACACAGCCAGGGUUUGAUUUUAACACAGCUGUGUGGGUCUGAAGUGGAAGACUCAUUGCUUCAUUUGCCAAAAUUCUUCUGUCCCAUAUGAGAGGGAAACUAGUGAGAGUGGUGAAAGAGAUAAAUCUGUCAUACAUAGAGUGGGGUAAGGAAAAUGAGAAGAAGAUGCAUCUUCAUGAAACAUUUGUGUGGAAAAAACGAAUCAUUUCCACAAAGACAUUUUGUGUAACCACACAUAUUUGAUAAAUGGAGUCCAAGUAUAUGCAAAGGUUAUCCAAAACUACUGCUUGUCCUUCGCAGUUUGGGAGCUUGAGUUAACCUCUGUCUUCAAGACUGCCAAACAUAUUCAGUUUAUCUAUACUGUAAUUGAGAGAUGGGGAAAAUUAUUUUUCCUUCCUUCCUGCACUGCAGCCCCCAGAAUAUCACUGCAUGGUCAGGAGUUGUAUUCCAAGAAAAAAAAGAGAGACCUCUUUAAACUUUUCCUCAUCUCUGCUCAGUUCAGGUAGAAACAGAAUGUUAGGUCUGUGUGUGCGUGCGUGUGUGUUUGUUAUUAUUAUUUUAACUCUGCUUUUGCUUGUGUGCACUAAAUCCUGGUUUACACACCAGACAAAUGAAGCACUUAGUAAUUAAGAGUGAGGCAUGAAUCUGUAAGAAUAGACAGACUGUGUGACUUGAACAAUGACUGAGUGAAGUUGGUACAGCUGAUCAUCACAUUGCAUUUUGACUGUGUUUCUUUUUGUAAAGUGUUAUUUCCAGUUCACCCCUCAUGAUCUUAACUAUACUAGAAUGUGUAUAAACAGUGUGAGGUAGUAACUAGCCAUCCAAUCGCAGCUGUUAAGAUUAGCUGACAUUUUUCACCUCUUCAUUUUGCCCUCAAAGCCUUAAACUCUUGAUGCCACACGGAUGUCCCCAUGUUGCAAUAGAUCUUUUCCUGGUUUUGUGGUUUCCUUUUGCAUUUCUUAAUGUCUAUGAAUCUAGUCCUGUGAGAAUUAGUUUUCCCACAGUCAGCUCUCCCAAGAGUUUGUUAAUAAAGCGAUGUUCCUC